AUGAUAAUUAUUUCAGCCGGGGGAGAAUUCCAGGCUGACACUUAUUUGGUCGACUUCAUACGAGAACAUGCCGAGUUACGUGGUACUAAGUACAUGUGUAAGGAGGGUGGAUGUGGCACGUGUAUUGUCAACGUAAAAAUCGCUCACCCCAUCACGAAUGAGAUUGUUUCCUUCUCUGUUAAUUCAUGCCUUGUAGCUAUUACGUCAUGUGAUAAUUGGAAUAUAACAACCGUGGAAGGCAUUGGUAAUCGCAAAAUUGGAUACAAUAUUAUACAAAAACGGCUAAACCAUUUCUUUGGGUCUCAAUGCGGUCAUUGCAGUCCAGGAUUUGUCAUGAACAUGUAUAGUUUGGUUCAAGGAAGUGAUCACCACCUGACAGAAAAAGAAAUAGAACGAUCUUUUGGCAGUAACUUGUGCAGAUGUACUGGAUAUAGACCAAUUUUAGAAGCAUUUAAAUCUUUAGCCGUCGAUGUGAAUCCCAAGUUGCUUCGUAAAGUUAAGGAUAUUGAGGACAUUGAUCAAAAUUAUUGUCCAAAGUUUGGGGAAAAAUGUGAAGGCUCUUGUAGGAAAAUGGAAAGCCAAGAAUGGUGUUUGGUCAACGUAAAGAGUUAUGAUAGCAAUUUAACCUUACCUAAGAAAAUUUCACUUGCUGAUGGUGUACGGCCAAUAAUAUCUUACCCAAAAGUAUUAAUAGACGUGAGCAACGUAAAGGAAUUAACUGGACACUAUUUGGAUGUUAAUCUUGUACUAGGGGCUAAUGCUACACUUACUUAUACUAUGGCUGUUUUCGAGCAAUUGAGUAAAGAAAAGGAUGAUGAGUUUUCGUAUUUGAAAGUACUGUAUGAUCAUUUUCAACAAAUAGCGCAUAUUUCAGUCAGAAAUAUUGGCACUUUAGCUGGAAAUUUGGUUUUAAAACACAACUAUCCCGACUUUCAGUCUGAUAUAUUUCUCUUAUUGGAUUGCGUGGGAGCUAUCGUAACUCUAGUCGAUCGUAAAAAACAGGAGACUGAAUUAAGUAUGGAAGAAUUUAUGAAAACUCACCUCACUGGUAAGGUUUUAACAAACAUCAAAUUGCCACCUUUAUCAAAAGCUCAUAAGUUAGUGACUUACAAGAUCACGCCACGAAAGGAAAACGCUCAUGCUGAAGUCAAUGCAGCAUUUUUAUUUAAAUUUGAAUUCCAAUCUUAUAUCAUACAAAAAGCUAGAUUUGUAUAUGGGGGAAUAGCUCCUUAUUUUUCACAUUGUUAUAAUACUGAAGAAUUUGUAAUUGGACGAAAUAUUUUUAAUAACGAAGAACUUCAGGCUACUAUACGUAGUCUUAAGUCAGAGAUUCAUCCCCUGGAAAAUCCGCCUGAUCCUUCAGCUCCUUUUAGACAAAAACUAGCCAUUAGUUUGUUUUACAAGUGUAUAUUAAAGUUAUGUCCUCAUUAUAUUUUGAACCCGUUGUAUGAAUCUGGAGCUACUACAUCAAGGGAAGAUAGACCGCCUGUUAGUCAAAGUUAUCAGGAAUAUGAUGUGAAUAAAAAUGAAUUUCCUCUGACUCAGCCACUUCUUAAAAAGGAAGGAAUGAUUCAAUGUGCCGGCGAAGCAGUAUACAGUGAAGACAUGCCAGCUAUGAGGAAUGAAGUGUUUGCAGCUUUUGUGCUUUCUCAUGUUGCUGAUGCUGAUAUAGAAUCUAUAGAAAAAUCUGAAGCAUUGAAAAUAGAUGGAGUAUUAGAUGUUUUCACAUCUGAGGAUAUACCUGGUAUAAACAAUAUUGUACGCAUUGGCUUUAUAGGACUUGUAGAGAAAGAAGAAAUUUUGGCAAACAAUAAAAUUGUUUACUAUAAUCAACCUGUUGCUAUAGUGGUAGCAAAAACUCAAGCCAUUGCUGAUCGGGCCUCAAAUUUUGUAAAAGUUAAUUACAAGCGUGUUUCUAAACUGCCACCUAUACUUACAAUAGAAGAUGCUAUUAAAGCACCAAAACAGGAAAAUCGGGUUACAGCAUACGAGGGAAUCACUCCUACUGAUAGAGGAAUUAAUGUUAAAAAAGUAAUCAAAGGCAAUUUUUAUAGUCCACUUAUAUAUCAUUUUACGAUGGAGUUACAUACAGCUGUGACAUUGCCUGUAGAUGAAGGCCUAGAAGUUCACACCUCUACCCAAUAUGUGGAUCUAGUACAAGCCGUAAUUGCAGAUAUGUUAAAUGUUCCUGAAAGCACAAUUACCGUGAAAAAUCGAAGAUGCGGCGGUGGAUUUGGAUGUAAAAUAAGUAGGAUCAAUUAUGUAGCCUGUGCUACCGCUUUAGUGGCUCACAAGCUUAAUAGACCAUGUCGUAUGGCUAUGCGCUUAUCAGAUAUAAUGGGAGCUAUUGGUAAGCGAAGGAGUAGUCGUUUAGAUUAUGAGGUUGGCGUUGAUGACAAAGGUGAAAUACAAUAUCUUGAUGCUUUAUUGUUUAUUAAUAAUGGUGUUACUCGAAAUGAAAGUGAAAACGUUCUCGCCAUCGGUGCUAUUAGAAAUUGUUAUGAUAUAAGACGGUGGUCAGUGCGUAACUUUGGAGUUAUAACUGACAUGGCAACUAAUUGUUAUAUGCGAGCUCCAGGAGGACUAGAAGGCAUAGGAGGAAGCGAGCACAUAAUGGAGCGUAUUGCAAUAGAAUUAAAAAUAGAUCCUGCUUCAGUACGAAUGAUGAAUUAUCGUAAAGAGGAUAAUGAUUUACCAAAACUGGUUCCAAUGUUUUUGGAACGCGUAGAUUAUGAUAAGCGACAAAAGUUAAUUGAAAAAUUCAACGCACAUAACCGAUGGAAGAAAAGAGGUUUGAAGUUUAUUAAUAUGGCAUACCCUACGCUUUAUCUUGGAAAUUACAGUGCGUUGGUAUCCGUUUAUCAUGGCGAUGGUAGUGUUGCUGUAUGUAUUGGAGGAAUAGAAAUGGGACAAGGAAUUUACACGAGAAUAAUUCAAGUGGCGGCCAAUGAACUUGAAAUUCCUGUUGAAAAAGUAUCUGUUUUACCUACUCAGAAUUUUGCAACGCCUAACAACUUUGCAACAGCCUCAAGUAUUACUGCCGAAUGUUGCGCAUAUUCUGUAAUACGAUCGUGUCGAGAAAUUAAAAAAAGAUUGGAACCAGUACGUGCUGCGAUGCCCCAGGCUACGUGGCAAGAAAUAGUUUUUGCCGCCGAUGCACAGGGAAUAAACCUACAAGCUAACUACCUAACAAGCCCUAAUGAUCCACGAUUAGUCAAUUACCCGAUCUUUGGAAUAGCUGCCGUGGAGGUUGAAAUCGACGUACUAACAGGCACAAAGUGGAUAGUACGUGCUGAUAUAUUGGAAGAUGCAGGAAAAAGUAUCAAUCCAGCUUUGGAUGUGGGUCAGGUCGAAGGAGCAUUCAUUCAGUCCCUAUCAGCUUGGACGUUAGAAGAAAUUAAAUUUAACAAAGACAAUGGAGAAGUGCUUACAAACCGAACUUGGAAUUAUAAAAUAUUCGGCGCAAAAGACAUACCUCAUGAUUUUCGUAUAUAUUUGCGACGAAACACAAAAAAUCCUGUUGGUAUUUUGGGCUCAAAAGCAAUCGGUGAGCCUCCUACUUGCCUGAGCUACGUUAUAGUAGAAAGCCUAAGGGCAGCAGUUCAAGCUUCAAGAUUGGACAGUGGUUGUAAACAAGAUAAAUAUGUAUACUUAGAUAUUCCGGUUACAAAUGAACACGUUGCUGAAGCUGUCGAUGUUAAAGUGGAAGAGUAUUUGUUAAAUUAA